CUGGUUAUUGCACCAAUUGCCUCUGUGCUUAUUGCAAUAGUGGUUGUGGGUCUCUUUCUUGUUUUCCGAAAGAAGAAGGUGCCUUUAGACGUACAUGCUCCACCAAGCUUGCCCGUAGCAUAUGUUGGACAUUCUAAACAUUCAGAACCGUCAUUUUUUCUCGAAAAAGAUAAGGUUUACCUAUUUCGAGGUUCAAGAAAUGACAAAUAACUUCAAACGAGUUCUUGGUGAAGGAGGGUUCGGAGUUGUUUAUCACGGCUGUGUUAAUGAUACCCAACAAGUAGCUGUUAAAUUGCUCUCUCCAUCAUCAUCUCAAGGCUACAAACAUUUUAAGGCAGAGGUGGAACUUCUUAUGAGGGUGCACCAUAUAAAUUUGGUGAGUCUUGUUGGUUAUUGUGACGAAGGAGACCAUUUGGCCCUUAUCUACGAGUACAUGCCAAAUGGAGACUUAAAGCAACAUUUAUCAAGAAAGCAUGGUGGAUUUGUCUUAAGCUGGAAAAGUAGACUAGGAGUAGCUGUCGAUGCAGCAUUAGGAUUGGAGUACUUACACACCGGAUGUAAACCACCAAUGGUUCACAGAGAUAUAAAAAGUACAAAUAUACUUUUGAAUGAAAGUUUCCAAGGAAAAUUAGCCGAUUUCGGGCUUUCGAGAUCUUUUCCUUUGGCAAAUGAAACACAGGUUUCAACUGUUGUUGCUGGAACUCCUGGUUAUCUUGAUCCUGAGUAUUAUCAAACAAAUUGGUUAACAGAGAAAAGUGAUGUUUAUAGUUUUGGAAUUGUACUCUUGGAGCUCAUCACAAACCGUCCUAUAAUUCAGCAAUCUCGUGAAAAGCCUCACAUAGUAGAAUGGGUCGGAUUUGUUGUAAGAACGGGAGAUAUUGGAAAUAUUAUAGAUCCAAACCUCCACGAAGAUUACGACGUUGGUUCUGUAUGGAAGGUUAUUGAAUUAGCAAUGUCAUGUGUGAAUAUUUCCUCUGCAAUACGACCAACCAUGUCUCAAGUUGUUAACGAUCUUAAAGAGUGUGUGGCAUCUGAAAAUUCAAGGACAGGAGAGACUCGAGAAAUGAACUCAAUGAGUUCCAUCGAAUUCAGCAUGGAUAUGGACACCGAGGUGAUCCCUAAAGCACGCUAGUUCGUUAACAAUGAAUUUACUCUUGUUGGAUUGUGAUGAAUCUUUAAUAAUGGGUUUAAUAUCAACUGAUUAUUGGA